AUGAAGUCGCUAGCUGUUUUGGUUCUGCUGAUCUCGGUGGUUGCUGCUCAGUGGGGCGGACAAUUCGGCCAGGGCUAUGGGCCUUAUGGAGGUGGUCCCUAUGGAGGUGGUCCGUAUGGAGGUGGCCCCUAUGGAGGUGGUCCAUACGGAGGUGGCCCCUAUGGAGGUGGUCCCUAUGGUGGAAGAGGACCCUAUGGAGGAGGACCUGCAAUGAGCCCUGGGUAAGCCGAAAUAAGCGACUUGGACCCACAAUGUUAAAUCGGGAUCUCAUUUUUGUAUGAAUAUAUUUUAGAGCUGCCGUUGGAUCUGUUGUCGGUGCUGAACUCGGUGCAGCCGUUCUGGGAUAG